AUGACCAUCUACGGCUGCCCAGCAUGCAACGGCACCUGGGAGGAGAAGGACGAGGCCGCUGCACAUUGCUUGUACUCGAGCAGAAACAUGGCCAUCUAUAAAUGUGCUUGCGGCCGUUAUCGACAUUGCGAUCUCGGAGACUUCAUUAGACAGCACCUGAGGGGCUGCGAUCAGGGCAAGGCUGUGUUCGGAGAAGGCUUCAAAUGCAACAAUCGCAGCUAUCAGGCUGUGAUGCAAAAGUGUCUCGGCCGCAAGCCAGCCAGCUUGACCUAUCCAUUCUCGCUCACGGAGAUUCAGGAGGAUAGAGAAGAGGGGGAAGCGAACGAGGUGAUGCGACCAGCCUUUCCGGCAAUGUCUGCGCCACCGAGAACUCUUCCUGCACCAUCGCCGCCAGUGUUCGAAGAGCAGCAGCGCCCUAUCAAGCGCCGUCGGGCUGGGAUUCCGACUCGAGUUCCAGAGCAGUCGGCCUCGAGCCCUUCACGUCUACCUCUAGCAAGGGUCGCGACUCCCGGCGCAUCUAUGCCAUCGCAAUUCUCGACAACGCAGAUGCCCAACUCUCUCAACCUUUCUGCUUCUCCAGCGCGUCCUACUUGGCUCGGACUGCCACCGCCAGGCCCAUUACUCUCUUCAUUGAUCGGCCAAGACGCCACCCACAUGUCUUUCAAUAGCUUCGUCAGCAAGAGCCCUGCUGCGUCAUUGACACCUGCUUCGAGCAAUUUCGGUAAUGGCCCAAAUCGCGAGUCGCAUGGUCGUUCCAUCAAUAUGUCAAGUUCUCCCGUUCCGUUCGCUUCAGUUCCGCCAUUCCUUGCUCCGCUCGGCAAGGUACACACUCAUACAAAUCGCGAGUUCUCUAUACAGGCGAACACGUCAAUCGAUCCUAACGCUGUCAUCGAUCUCACCCAUGACGACGUUGCUCCGCCCGCCAACGUAAACACUCAUCCGAACCGCGAGUUCUCUACACAGGUGGACACAUCAAAUUCUCCGGCUCCAUUCGCUUCAGUCAACAGCGCCUCUGUUCUGCCAUCGCUUGCUCCGCCCGGCAACGUGACUGCAAACACUCAAACGAACCGCGAGUUCGCUACACAGGCGAAGACGUCAACCCCUUCUAACGCUGUUGUCGAUCUCACCGAUGACGACGUUGCUCCGAGCAUUGUCCCUUCGACGGUCAACACCAGCAUCCGUCCGCGUCAUGAGCGGUCUUCGCAGGACUCUGGCCGGAGGUGA